AUGGGGUCUGCAGCUCCGUGUCCCACCCUCCUGCUGCUCUCAGUACUCCUGGGUCUGACCCAAACCAAGAUCCAGAGAGGCGCUGGUUCACACUCCGUAAGAUAUUUGGUAACCACAACCACGUCUCGAACGGGUCUCCGAGAUCUCCAAGUCUCCGUCGUUAGCUAUGUGGACGACACGCAAAUCCUGCGCUUCAGCAGUGACGUUGUUACUAAAAUGGAGGCGCUCGUGCCAUGGGCGAAGCAGAUGGAGCCUGAUUUUUGGAAGCUAACGAGAGAGAGUAUGGAGGAUUAUGCACACACGGCCCGAGAAAACCUGCUAUUUGCAAUCCGAAUCUAUAAUCAGAGCAAUGACGGCCCUCAUACCUUCCAGUGUUUCGUUGGUUGCGACGUGGGUCCAGACCGACUCUUCCUCCGUGGGCACUAUGAUCACGCCUUUGAUGGCCGUGAUUACAUCAGCCUGAACGAGGACAUGAGAACUUGGACUGUGGCUGACACGACAGCUCAGAUCACCCAGCGACAGUGGGAGGCAAAAAAUGUAGCAGAGUCCUGGAAGAUCUACUUCGAGGGCCGAUGCAUUGAUACUCUACUCUUGCACUUGGAGCUAGGGAAGAAGAUUCUGGAGCGCUCAGAUCCUCCAAGGGCACAUAUAACCCAUCACCCUAGACCUGAAGGAGAUGUCACCUUGAGGUGCUGGGCCCUAGGAUUCUACCCAGCUGAAAUAACCCUGACCUGGCAAAGGGAUGGGGAAGACCAGACCCAGAACAUGGAGCUGGUGGACACCAGGCCUGCAGGAGAUGGAACCUUCCAGAAGUGGGCAGCUGUGGUGGUGCCUUCCGGGGAGGAGCAGAGAUACACAUGUCAUGUGUAUCAUGAGGGGCUGCCUGAGUCUCUGACCCUGAGAUGGGAGCCAUCUCUUUGGCCCACAACUGGAGUGAUAGUUGGUGUGGUUCUCCUUGGAGUUGUGGUCACUGGAGCUGUGGCUGCCAUUGUGAUGCUGAGGAAGAAAAGCACAGCAUCUCACACUGUAUCCCAUGCUGGCUUGGAACUCACUAAGUAGCUGUGAUGGCUAAUCUUGAGUGUCAGUUUGGCUGGAUUUAGAAUCUCCUAGGAGAUCCAAUUCUGGUCCCAUCUGUACCAGUGUUUCCAGAGAUUAAUUGAGGUUUGAAGACACACUCUGGGGCCCAAGGAAAAAGGAAGAAGAGGAGAAAGUCAGAUGAGAGGAUCCCUACACUCUACUUCCUGAUCUACUGAAGUGUGCAGAA